GCCGCUUGCUGUUUCCAGGAGUCUCGGCUUCAUUCCUACGCAGGGACUCAACUCUACUGAGUUAUUCUUGUUCCUUUCUUGAAGAAAAGCUGGUAGCAGACUAAUAUGAAUUCUUCAAAGAGGGGGGACAAAUCAGAAAUGCCACCGCCACCUCCACCUCCACUUCCACCUCCACCUGCAAUACCACCAAAUUUUGUGCCUGAGAAAGCAGUUGUUAUUAAACGUGUUCCAAUGGCCAAGCGUGGAUUUGCUUCCAGAGGACAAUCUAUCUCACUCUUAACAAAUCACUUCAAAGUUGCUCUUUCCAGGACCGAUGGCCACUUUUACCACUAUAGUGUUUCUAUUAAAUAUGAAGAUGAUAGCCCUGCUGAUGCAAAAGGCAUCGGAAGAAAGGUACUUGACAAGGUACAUGACACCUAUGCUUCUGAGCUUGCUGGUAAGAGAUUCGCAUAUGAUGGUGAGAAGAGCUUGUUUACUGUUGGUCCCCUGCCACAAAACAAGCUUGAAUUCACAGUGGUCUUGGAGGAGAUCUCAUCAAACAGGAAGAUUUGGAGUGGAAGCCAUGGAGCUGAUGGUAGCCCAGAUGAAAGUGAUCGGAAAAGAUCAUGCAGACAGCGUCAUUCCAGAACGUACAAAGUCUCAAUAAACUAUGCUGCCAAAAUUCCAAUGCAAGCCAUUGCUCAUGCGCUUCGCGGACAAGAUUCCGAGCAUUUCCAAGAAGCUGUGAGAGUGCUCGACAUCAUAUUAAGACAACAUGCUGCUGAACAGGGUUGUCUUCUAGUGCGCCAGUCAUUUUUUCAUAAUGAACCAAGAAACUUCAUUGAUUUAGGGGGUGGUGUUGUUGGUUGCCGGGGCUUUCACUCGAGUUUUAGGGCCACACAGGGGGGCCUUUCCUUGAAUAUGGAUGUUUCAACCACAAUGAUUGUUAAGCCAGGCCCAGUUAUUGAUUUCCUUCUCAUGAAUCAGAAAGUUGAUAAUCCUGCUCAGAUUGACUGGACUAAGGCCAAAAGGAUGUUGAAGAAUCUCAGGAUCAAGGCUGUAAAUUCUAAUAUGGAAUACAAAAUUAGUGGUUUGAGCGACCGGAUAUGCAGGGAGCAAAAGUUCUUCUUGAAAAUAAGAAAAGAAGGAACUAGUGAAGCACAAGAAGUAGAAAUAACAGUCUAUGACUACUUUCUUCACCACCGCAAUAUCCGCUUGAGGCACUCCGCAGACUUUCCAUGCAUCAAUGUUGGGAAGCCAAAGCGUCCCACUUAUAUUCCUGUUGAGCUGUGCUCAUUGGUUUCCUUGCAACGUUAUACCAAAGCCUUGUCCAAUCUUCAAAGAGCUUCACUUGUAGAAAAAUCUCGACAAAAGCCCACAGAGAGGAUGAAUGCCUUGAAAAAAGCAUUCACUAGCAGUAACUAUGCUGCUGAUCCUCUUCUUGGAUCUUCUGGAAUUUCUAUUAGCAGUGAGUUCACUCGUAUUCAAGGUCGUGUUUUGGCACCCCCCAAGUUGAGAGUUGGCAACGAGGAGGACUUUGUCCCUCGUAAUGGAAGGUGGAACUUCAACAAUAAGAGGCUGGUUGAGCCUAUAAAGCUCGAAAGGUGGGCUGUUGUGAACUUCUCCGCUCGAUGUGAUAUAAGAAACUUGUGCAGGGACCUGGCUAGAUGCGGGCAAAUGAAAGGAAUAUCUAUCAAACCACCUUUCCAAAUGUUUGAAGAGGAACCACAGUUCAGACGCAGUCCCGCUCCUACAAGGGUGGAUGAGAUGAUUGCAACAAUCAAGUCAGGACUUCCAGGGGAGCCUCAGUUUCUUCUCUGCAUUCUGCCAGAGAGGAAAAACUCUGAUAUUUAUGGCCCAUGGAAGAGGAAAAAUCUCUCCGAUCUCGGGAUAGUUACUCAGUGCAUUGCUCCUACACGCAUCAACGAUCAGUACCUGACAAACGUGCUCUUGAAGAUCAACGCCAAGCUUGGCGGUAUUAAUUCAUUGUUAACUAUUGAGCAUACUUCUUCGAUACCGCUGGUUUCCAGCGUCCCCACCCUUAUUGUCGGAAUGGAUGUCUCCCACGGCUCUCCUGGUCGCUCAGAUGCUCCGUCUAUUGCUGCGGUGGUCAGUUCAAGACAGUGGCCUUUGAUUUCUCGAUACCGGGCUGCAGUCCGUACGCAGUCUCCAAAAUCGGAGAUGAUAGAUUCCCUCUUCAAGAAAGUGUCGGAUACUGAGGAUCAUGGCAUUUUCAGGGAGGCAUUGCAGGACUUCUAUAAAAGUUCCAAGCAAAGGAAACCAGAUCAAAUAAUUAUUUUCAGGGACGGUGUGAGUGAGUCACAGUUCAGUCAAGUGCUAAAUGUUGAGCUAGAGCAGAUUAUGGAGGCUUGCAAGCUUCUGGAUGAAAGCUGGCAUCCCAAGUUCAUGUUGGUGGUGGCACAAAAGAACCAUCACACAAAGUUUUUCCAGGCAAACUCCGAUGAUAAUGUUCCACCAGGGACUGUGAUUGACAAUGGGAUUUGUCACCCAAGAAGCAAUGACUUCUACAUGUGUGCUCAUGCUGGCAUGAUUGGAACAACACGACCAACUCACUACCAUGUUCUUUACGAUGAGCUUGAUUUCUCUCCCGAUAAUCUGCAAGAACUUGUGCACUCUCUAUCUUAUGUGUAUCAAAGAAGCACUACAGCUAUCUCCGUAGUUGCUCCUAUUUGUUACGCGCACUUGGCUGCUGCUCAAAUGGCUCAGUUCAUCAAGUUUGAAGAAGCAUCGGACCGAUCAUCGAGCCACAGCGGGACAGCCGCGGGUGGUGGAGUUUCAGUGCAGGAGCUUCCCAGGUUGCAUGAUAGGAUCAGCAGUUCUAUGUUCUUCUGUUAAGGAAUUUUAGGGGCAGCAAUCAGCACAUCCUCUUCAGUCGAUCCUCUUUUCUUGAUCACUCGUGAUGGUGUACUCUACUUAAUUUUCUCAUCUUUACGAGAAACUUUGUCAAUUUUGCCUUCUUGAUGGGCUGUGAGACUAACUUUAAAUGAAUUCUGGAAUU